GAGAAAAAGAGAUUAACUGCUUUUUAUGAUUCACUUACUACUAUCAAUUUGUUUUGUUGUUAGAAAUCAUGACAACCACGCCACAUACAGUAGACCGAACAAUGAUGCCCACAGCAACAACAGACCGAACAAUGAUGCCCACAGCAACAACAGCUGGUAUACCGAAAUGUAGCGAGUAUCAUGACUACGAAGAGAUGACAGAGUUUAUGGAAGAUGUGAACAAACGGUGCCCUGCAAUAACUCGACUGUACAACGUUGGUCAAAGCGUACAAGGCAGGAAACUUUGGGUCAUAGAAAUCUCGGACAACCCAGGCAUGCAUGAAUUAGGUGAGCCCGAAUUCAAGUACAUUGCCAACAUGCACGGAAAUGAAGUCCGUGGUCGCGAACUUCUGCUGUGUCUGGCGGAGUAUCUCUGCGAAGAAUUCACAGCAGGAAACCAACGAAUCGUCAGCCUUGUGCAGAAUACCCGUAUUCACCUGAUGCCUUCCAUGAACCCUGAUGGUUUCGAGGUUGCAGACGUUAAUGAUGAAGUGACUGGUAGGAAUAACGCACAAGGCAAAGAUCUCAACCGCGGGUUCCCGGCUUUGAAUAAAAUUGCCUAUGCUGGGGAGGCCACUGGCGUCAACCAGGACCACAUUCCCAUCCCAGCUGAUUUUAACAUGGCUCCGACAGAAGUCCAGGCUGUGAUGGGGUGGAUCAAGAACCCAAACUAUCCUUUCGUGUUGUCUGCAAACCUUCAUGAUGGCGCCCUUGUGGUCAAUUACCCCUAUGAUGAGCGGAAGGUCGCGAAUGCUGACAAUGUUGAUGUCAAGACACCAGAUGACGAUCUUUUCAAGCAUCUGUCCAACGUGUACGCGCAGGCACAUGCUACAAUGGUAGGAGGGGCACCAGCCGGUUGUUAUAAUGGAAACAAUGGCAUCACCAACGGAGCGGCGUGGUACUCAGUUGUAGGAGGCAUGCAGGACUUCAACUAUCUUCACACCAACUGCUUUGAAGUAACACUGGAACUGGGAUGUCCAAAAUACCCUCCCGAAAAGGACCUUCCACAGGAAUGGAACAACAAUAGAGAUGCCCUCGUGUCGUUCAUUGAAAAGGUUCACCUUGGCAUCAAAGGCAUGGUUACCAACAAGAAAAAUGGACAGGGAAUAGCAAACGCCAGGAUUCAGGUCAAUGGCAUCAACCACGAUGUCUUAUCAGCUACCGGUGGUGAUUAUUGGCGCCUCCUGGAGCCUGGCAUGUACAAUGUCACUGCUUCUGCCGCGGGCUUCAUCAGCCAGACCAAAGGAGCAACAGUCAUUUCUGGAACAAAUGCCGGGGCCACAAUCCUUAACUUCCAGCUCGAAGACGCCCCGUAAUUAAAUGAUUCCACGACUACAUGCGGGCAAAGGAGGCAACAGGAUCCCAUCGCAGCAGACAAUUCACUGAAUAUCGUCUUCUUAAGCUCGUGUAUACUUAGAAUUUAAAGCUUCUCUCAUGAUCAUGUCCUGAGAUAAAGCAUCUAGAUGAAGUUAGACAAAGGCUUUACAUGUUGCUGACGUCAUUUCAAAUCUUAAUCUAUUAGAUGGCAUCCUUCAAUACUAUGACAUUAAUUAGCCACCUACAUGUACGUAGGCGAGAAGCCACGGGCUAGACUUUGGAGGU